CUCCGCUUGCGGUGUGGGCCACCCGAUAAAUACGACAGUACACACCACACCGAGCGCGCGCGCACACUCCACAGUCCUCACCGCUCUCUCUCUCUCUCUCUCUCUCUCUCUCUCUCUCUCUCUCUCUCUCUCAUGGAGGACACUCGCAAGAGACCCGGAAGCGAAGAGGCGGAAGACGAGGGGAGCGCCGCGAAGAAGCAGCGAGAUCUGGCGGCUGAGAAAGUGGAAAACGACGACGUUAAGACUAUGCUAACCAAGGCAAACGGCGGGGCGCUCGAGGAGCUCGCGAAGCUCGUGAACAAAGACUGGCCGAUCGUCCCCGCUGCAGGUGCCACGGCGGUGACUUUCGUCGAGAACCCGUACUCCUCGUCGUGGGUGUUCCAAGCGCUGCCCUCGUCGUACGUCACGAUCAACCUCAACGAGGAGAGCUGUGGGCCGGCGUUCUCGGACUCGGUGUCGACUGUCAUGGCGAGCGUCGACCUGUGCGGCGGGCUGUACGGCAUUGCGAAGGAGGUGCUGGGGUUGGAGUCGGAGAAGUGGUUGAUGGAGGAGGUGGAGGAGGUCAGCGGUUUGUACGGGCUUGCAAAGGAGGUUAUCGGCUUGGAAUCUUUGAAGUUGGUAAUGGCGGAGGAGGAAGAGGCGAGUGGGUUCGGCGGCGCGUGUAGUGAAACAAAAGAGUUGGCGCGUAGUGGUUGGGCGGGGGUGGGGGUAGAGAUGGACUGGGACGAUGCUGCGCUGGCGAGGUUUAUCGGGGAAGACGGAGACCUAAUUUGAAUUUUGAAAUCUGAAUCUGAGGGGUGCGUUGAGUAAUUUAGUGGGUAUAGGAAGAAAUGGAGUUUUAUGGCAAUGGCGGCCAUGCCAGGCGGUUAGGUAGGUUUCUGCAGAGUAAGGUGUAGGAGAUGAAAAAUGUGAAUAGUAUAGGGACUAAUUAGCAAAAUUUAGGAACGCAGAGAAAAUGGUGAAGGUUGUUCGUUUUGGGUAGUGCGUGUGUGCAUGUGGUUAGAGAGGGGCUAACUGGCAAAAACGAAAAUUACAGAAUUUAAUCAGAAAUACCUGCCUUGGUUUUGUUUUACUAAUCAACCCAUUUAUU